CUGACGGCAUUCGCUUCGACGUCGGCUCCCCGGUUCGCAGAAUCUUUUGUCCGCUAGCUGAAAGCGCAAGUUUGUCACGAGCCUAAGCCGUUUGAAAAUUUUCGAUUUUAUACCCUCGAUCAUCUCGACUAAUGCGUGUAAAACGGUGCGAUCGCUGCUUCGAAAUCUGGGUCCUAUGAUUAUCCACAUCUGAAAAUUGAAGUCUGUUCAACGUCUCUAAAACUUCAAUUGCAGAAUUUUUAUAAAUAUCAAGACACAGUUGAUAUUUGUGUUGCAGCCAGGAUGGACCUGGACGAUUACCGCAGACACGGCAAGGAAAUGGUCGACUACAUUGCCGACUAUCUUCAGACCGUACGAACUCGUCGAGUCUAUCCCGCCGUGUCUCCCGGCUACCUUCGCAACAUGUUACCAGCCUCGGCUCCCGUCGAAGGUGAACCCUUCGAGGACAUAAUUGGAGACGUGGAGACCUGCAUCAUGCCGGGCAUCACACACUGGCAAAGUCCGCACAUGCAUGCCUAUUUUCCCGCCCUUAAUUCGCCUGCGAGUCUACUUGCCGACAUGCUGGCCGACGCUAUAAACUGUCUGGGAUUCACUUGGGCUUCGAGUCCCGCUUGCACCGAGCUCGAAAUGAUCGUGAUGAAUUGGCUGGGAAAGAUGAUCGCGUUGCCUGAAGAGUUUCUUCAUUCUCCAGGGCGAUCUGGCGGUGGUGUGAUUCAAACUACGGCCAGUGAGGCGACCCUGGUUUGUCUGUUGGCAGCGAGGACCAGAGCAAUCAAAGACAAUCAGAAGAUCCAUCCGGAAGAGUCAGCGAGCAACAUAAAUGCGAGACUCGUCGGAUAUUGUUCUGAUCAGGCACACUCAAGCGUCGAAAAAGCGGCACUCAUCGGAUUGGUCCAAAUGCGCUACGUUGAAUCCGACGAGAACCUCAGCAUGAGAGGAGACAAAUUGGCCGAUGCUAUCGAACGUGAUCGCAAAGCGGGACUCGUACCGUUUUUCGUUUGCGCAACGUUGGGCACGACUGGAGCCUGUUCCUUUGACAGUUUGAAAGAAAUUGGUCCAAUCUGUGCUAAACACGCGCUUUGGUUGCAUAUAGACGCGGCCUACGCAGGAAGCGCCUUUGUUUGCCCAGAAUUUCGUUCUUGGCUCCAAGGAAUCGAAUACGCUGAUUCCUUCGCCUUCAACCCGAGUAAAUGGCUAAUGGUGCACUUCGAUUGCACCGCGAUGUGGGUGAAAAGUAGCCAAGCCUUGCAUCGGACAUUCAACGUGGAACCAUUGUAUUUGAAACACGAAAAUUCAGGUCUGGCUAUCGACUAUAUGCACUGGCAAAUUCCACUGUCGAAAAGGUUCCGAGCUCUCAAACUUUGGUUCGUACUACGAAAUUUUGGAAUCACUGGAUUACAGAAGCAUAUACGAGAGGGCGUCAGAUUAGCUCAGAAAUUCGAGGCUCUGGUACUCGGCGACGCUCGCUUCGAGAUUCCUGCUCCGAGGCAUCUUGGAAUGGUUGUGUUUCGUCUAAGAGGCGACAACUCGCUGACCGAACGUUUACUGAAGAGAAUGAACUCCAGAGGACGAGUUCACUGCGUCCCUGCGGCUCUUCAUGGAAAAUAUGUGAUAAGAUUUACCGUGACGUCAACAAGAACCACCGGAGAUGAUAUCCUAAGAGACUGGACUGAAAUUCGAGGCACAGCUUCUGAAAUAUUGGGAACGAUGAACGGAUCACCAGCAAGAGUAAAAGUAUCCCUAGCAGAAACACGUCAGAAGAACGAAAAUUUUGGAUCUAGCCUUCUGUUGGCCAAUUCACCGAUGUCUCCAAAAAUUGUCAACGGCAGUUUCGCAGCUAUAUACGACACGGCCGACGUUUUCAACGAAUGCAUGAAAACCUUUGGACGUAAUCCAUCUGAAGCCAUGGAUAGCCCGGCUAUGCGACGUCGCAUUCGGGGCAUUCUGAUGUCAGGAAAACAAUUCAGCUUAGAUUCUCGCAUGGAUUUAGUACAGGGUAUUGCAACGUGUUGCAGACCUAUCGCGAAUCCUGAAUCGGAUUUACCUUUACGAAAAGAAGACGAAAAAUCAGCUCACGGAAAGCUACAGUCCCGUAAUAGUAGAAAUAAAAUAGAUUCCUCCAUAGACGUCAUCGAAUAAACAGUUCAACCAGCAGGGCGAGUUGCUAGAAGAAAAGCAUCUGUUUUAACAUAAUAAUGUGCUGAAUAGAAAAAUAAAUAUUAUUGAAA